AUGGCUUCGGAAACAGAUGGCUUGGCUUUUUCAUCUAAAAAAGGCGUGGUUGAAAUUGUAAAUGAACCAGAUUUAUAUGGAACAGGGCUCAAGAAUGAGAUUGGAGAAUAUAAUUGUUUUCUGAAUGUCAUCAUACAGUCCUUAUGGCACUUAAGACGGUUUAGAGAUGAGUUCUUGGAGAGAUCAACGUCCGAGCAUGUUCAUGUUGGUGACCCAUGUGUUGUAUGUGCUUUGUACGACAUUUUUACUGCUUUGAACAUGGCAUUUACAGACACUCGAAGGGAACCUAUUGCCCCCACUUCUCUAAGGAUUGCUCUGAGCAAUUUGUAUCCUGAUAGUAAUUUCUUCCAAGAGGCCCAAAUGAAUGAUGCUUCAGAAGUGUUGGGAGUAAUAUUUGAUUGCCUUCACCGAUCAUUUACUUCUUGUUUGGGAGUUUCUGACACCGAGUCGGUAGAUAGCAACUGUUUGGGCUGUUGGGAUUGUGCUAAUAAUGCUUGUAUAGCACAUUCUCUUUUUGGAAUGGACAUUUUUGAAAGAAUGAAUUGCUACAGUUGUGGUUUGGAAUCUCGACAUCUGAAGUACACGGCUUUCUUUCACAAUAUCAAUGCCAGUGCCCUCCGUACAAUGAAGGUUAUGUGUCCAGAAAGCUCCUUUGACGAACUUCUAAACCUUGUGGAGAUGAAUCACCAGUUAGCUUGUGAUCCAGAGGCUAGUGGCUGUGGGAAGCUUAAUUAUAUCCAUCAUAUUCUAGCAACUCCACCACAUGUUUUCACAACGGUUUUGGGCUGGCAAAAGACUUGUGAGAAUGCAGAAGACAUAACAGCGACAUUGGCAGCCUUAGCUACUGAAAUAGAUAUUGGUGUCCUUUAUCGUGGGCUUGAUCCAAAGAACAGACAUUGCUUGGUUUCAGUGGUCUGCUAUUAUGGGCAACACUAUCAUUGCUUUGCCUACAGUCGUGAUCAAGAACAGUGGGUUAUGUAUGAUGACAAAAAUGUCAAGGUCAUUGGUGGGUGGGAUGAUGUUCUUAGCAUGUGUGGAAGAGGGCAUUUGCAACCUCAACUUCUAUUCUUUGAAGCUGUCAACUAG